GACGUAAACUAUCGGUUUCCUGAUCCGGUCGUGACACACCGCUCCCGCAAACUUCCCCAGUAAGAUACCUAGGUCGCAGAUCCAACUCAAACUCAGACCCGCACUCCCGAAUUCGUAUAUAACUCAGUGUCGUUUGUUCGCGCAACGUCCUGUUGUUAGUGCAGCCCACGCGGCCAUGGACUCGGAUUCCGACUACAAUUCGUGGAAAUACCUACCGUUCGAGCUGGGGGAAUGCGAAGACCUCGAGAAUUAUGAGCCGGGAGGCUUCCAUUCGGUGCACCUCGGUGAUGUGUAUGAUGAACGCUACCGAGUCGUCCACAAGCUCGGGUUUGGCGGUUUCUCCACCGUCUGGCUUGCUCGAGAAACCCUCACGAAUCGAUGGGUCGCCUUGAAGAUCGUUGCCGCUAGAGAUUCGUCUACGUACGAAGACCGUUCUGUAAUCGCAAGCCACCCCAGCAUCGCCGGGUCCCGUCUUUUUAUCACGGUUGACCGGCAAUUCUGGAUCGACGGUCCAAAUGGCCGACAUCUUUGUCUCGUAUUUCCGGUUCUGGGCCCGGAUUUGUCUAGGCUUUCUAAGGGCAUCUACUCGAGAGUAAAACCAAUGUUUGCCAGAGAGGUGUCUCUCCGGGCAGCUCGGGCUCUUGUACAGUUGCACUCAAACGGGCUUUGCCACGGAGACUUCACUGCGAGCAACAUAGCGUUACGCCUCAUUAACGAGUUUGACUCGUACGAGGAGGGUCACCUGUUUGAACUUUUCGGAAGUCCUCAAACCGCGCCCCUCCGAACCUACUCCGAGGAUCCCCCAGGGCCUCACGGGCCCGAAUACAUGGUGGUCCCCUUAGACUUCUGCUCUUCUGCCACCAACGUGCUCAGCAGCGAGAUAUGCAUCAUCGAUUUCGACCAAUCAUUCAUAAUUACAGACCCGCCACUAGAACGGCCUGGGAUACCGGCGAAGUACCUGGCACCGGAAGUCGCGGUCGGACGACCCGCAAGCCCGGCAUCGGACAUCUGGGCCCUGGGAUGCGCCAUCUUUCGGAUCCGGUCGGGCGACGACCUCUUCUUUGACUAUGACACUGAUACCCCGGCCGACGCGCUUAGGCAGAUUGUUAAAACCCUAGGCGAGCUUCCCGAAGAGUGGAGGCAGACGAAGUUUGACGAGGAGGGGGUUGCCGUUGUAGACGGGGAGGGCGAGCUAUUCUGGAAUUUUGAAGAAACACAGCCGUUGAAGGACCGGGCACGAGGUAUUAUUGAUGAGCCACCUAGCCUGUUCAUAAACCGCCUAGGGGAGGCGGUUAACCCCACGGAUCAGAAGCCGGGGGCUGCCAUGUUCGACGAUGAUGCUGCGCUUAGGGAACCCUACUCACCCGCGUUAAGCUCGAUCGUAUGGAAACCAACGGCGGUGUGUGUUGCCGGGACCUACUUUAUAGCGUACUCGGAUGAGUUGGAUGGUAUACUCGAAGCAUUCCCAAGGAUAUCAGAACCUGAGGCGUCGUUGCUAGUCGACCUCUUAUCAAAAGUCUUUACGUAUGAUCCGGUGACGCGACUCAAAGCGGAAGAGUUGGCUACGCACCCUUGGUUUCAUUUUACUGCGGCAUCUGAAAUAGAGACCGAUCCAAAACAACUCGGUAAUAUAUGUGAAGAGAUUCUAAUAGAAUAAAAUAAAUUUAAACUCUACCAUUAAACUGCUUCGGCUGCUUUUUAAGCGCGCUUUUUACUCAGUCGAUGUUUAUAGUAUUCCAACUAACAUGUU